AGGCGGCCGAGGCGGCCGGGAACCCGGGAGCCCGAGGCGGCGGCGGAGCCCGCGGAGCCCCGGGCGCGGCGCGGGGCGGCCGAGCGCGGGGAGAGCCGGGCCCGCGGACCUGUGGGCGCGCGCGGUCGCACCCGGCCCGGCCCCGACCCCCGCGGCGGCGCGGGCCGAGGAGCGCGGCCGGGAGGAUGUCGGCGGGCGGCCGCGACGAGGAGCGGCGGAAGCUGGCGGACAUCAUCCGGCACUGGAACGCCAACCGGCUGGACCUGUUCGAGAUCAGCCAGCCCACCGAGGAUUUGGAGUUCCAUGGAGUGAUGAGAUUUUAUUUUCAAGAUAAAGCUGCUGGAAACUUUGCAACGAAAUGCAUUAGGGUGUCUAGUACUGCUACCACCCAGGAUGUCAUCGAGACGCUGGCGGAGAAAUUCCGGCCUGACAUGCGGAUGCUGUCAUCCCCCAAGUACUCCCUCUAUGAAGUGCACGUCAGUGGAGAAGAAAGAAGAUUGGAUAUAGAUGAGAAGCCCCUUGUUGUUCAGUUGAAUUGGAAUAAAGAUGAUCGAGAGGGCAGAUUUGUUCUUAAGAAUGAGAAUGAUGCCCUUCCUCCUAAGAAGGCUCAAAGCAACGGACCUGAAAAGCAGGAGAAAGAAGGUGUUAUCCAGAACUUCAAGAGAACUCUCUCAAAGAAAGAAAAGAAGGAGAAAAAGAAGAGAGAAAAAGAGGCAGUGAGGCAGGCAUCUGAUAAGGAUGAUGGACCUUUCCAGGGGGAUGACAUUGAGAAUUCCCGUCUGGCCGCCGAGGUUUACAAAGACAUGCCGGAGACCAGCUUUACGCGCACGAUUUCGAAUCCGGAGGUAGUCAUGAAGCGGCGCCGGCAGCAGAAGCUGGAAAGGAGGAUGCAGGAGUUCCGGAGCUCGGACGGGCGGCCGGACUCAGGUGGAACAUUGAGAAUUUAUGCAGAUAGUUUAAAACCAAAUAUUCCAUACAAGACAAUCCUGCUGUCUACCACGGACCCUGCAGACUUUGCUGUGGCUGAAGCUUUAGAGAAAUAUGGUCUGGAGAGAGAAAACCCAAAGGAUUACUGCAUUGCCCGGGUUAUGCUUCCUCCUGGAGCCCAGCAUUCUGAUGAAAAGGGUGCUAAAGAAACUAUCCUUGAUGACGAUGAGUGCCCUUUACAAAUCUUCAGGGAGUGGCCGAGUGACAAAGGGCUUUUAGUCUUUCAGUUGAAGAGGAGGCCACCAGACUAUAUCCCAAAGAAAACUAAGAAACACGUCGAUGGGAAGCUGGCGAAGGGCAAGGAGAAAGUGGAGGGGUCAGGCUAUGGCUCUGCACUUCCGCCCGAGAAGCUGCCCUAUUUAGUAGAGCUAAGCCCAGAUGGCUCGGACUCCAGAGAUAAACCCAAGCUUUACCGCCUUCAGCUGAGUGUCACCGAGGUUGGGACGGAAAAGUUCGACGAGGACUCCAUCCAGCUCUUUGGAUCAGGAAUUCAGCCCCAUCACUGUGACCUCACAAACAUGGAUGGAGUGGUCACUGUCACGCCAAGAAGCAUGGACGCUGAGACUUACGUGGAAGGACAGCGCAUCUCAGAGACAACCAUGCUGCAGAGUGGGAUGAAAGUGCAGUUUGGGGCCUCACAUGUGUUCAAGUUCGUGGACCCCAGCCAGGACCACGCUCUGGCAAAGAGAUCUGCGGAUGGGGCCCUGACGGCCAAGGCUCCCAGACAAAAGCCUGGAGUUGUUCAAGAGGCGACUUUGGAUUUAGGAGGAGAUGUUCACAGCGGAACAGCGCUGCCAGCAAGCCAGAGCGCCACGAGGCUGGACGGCGACCGGGCAGUGCCUGCCUCCGGCUCGGCGGAGCGCGGGAUGGUGAAGCCGAUGAUCAGAGUGGAGCAGCAGGACCGCCGGCAAGAGAGCAGAACUCAGGACGCUCCUGGGCCCGAGCUGGUACUGCCUGCGAGCAUCGAAUUCAGGGAGAGUUCUGAAGAUUCAUUUUUAUCUGCCAUCAUAAACUAUACUAAUAGCUCUACAGUCCAUUUUAAGUUGUCCCCUACAUAUGUGUUAUACAUGGCGUGUCGGUAUGUAUUGUCCAGCCGGUGCAGACCCGACGCCAGCCCCAGCGAGCGCGCUCACAGAGUGACCGCCACGGUCCACAAGAUGGUGAGCAUGAUGGAGGCGGUGAUCCAGGAAGUAGACCAGGUUGAUCAGAAGCAGAAGAAUAUUGCAGGAGCACUUGCCUUCUGGAUGGCCAACGCGUCUGAGCUGCUCAACUUCAUUAAACAGGACCGAGAUCUUAGUCGAAUCACACUGGACGCCCAAGACGUUUUAGCACACUUGGUUCAGAUGGCGUUUAAAUACCUAGUUCACUGUCUUCAAUCAGAACUGAAUAAUUACAUGCCAGCCUUUCUGGAUGACCCUGAAGAGAGCAGCCUGCAAAGACCAAAAAUAGAUGACGUCUUGCACACGCUCACGGGAGCCAUGUCUCUGCUGCGGCGCUGCCGAGUCAACGCGGCCCUGACCAUCCAGCUCUUCUCGCAGCUCUUCCACUUUAUCAACAUGUGGCUCUUCAACCGGCUGGUCACCGACCCCGAGUCGGGGCUGUGCUCCCACUACUGGGGGGCGAUUAUCCGCCAGCAGCUGGGACAUGUGGAAGCCUGGGCGGAGAAGCAGGGCUUGGAGCUGGCGGCGGAUUGUCACCUCAGCCGCAUAGUGCAGGCAACCACUCUGCUCACAAUGGACAAGUACUCAGCGGAGGACAUUCCGACCGUCAACAGCACGUGCUUCAAGCUGAACUCCCUGCAGCUGCAGGCCCUGUUACAGAACUACCACUGCGCGCCCGACGAGCCCUUCGUCCCCGCGGACCUGAUCGAGAACGUGGUGGCUGUGGCCGAGAACACGGCGGACGAGCUGGCGCGCAGUGACGGCAGGGAGGUGCAGCUGGAGGAGGACCCUGAUCUGCAGCUGCCUUUCCUGCUGCCGGAAGACGGCUACUCUUGUGACGUCGUCAGGAACAUUCCCAACGGCCUGCAGGAAUUCUUAGACCCUCUGUGCCAGAGAGGAUUUUGCAGGUUAAUUCCUCAUGCACGCUCACCAGGCACCUGGACGAUCUACUUCGAAGGUGCAGAUUACGAGAGCCACCUUCUGCGCGAGAGCACGGAGCUGGCUCAGCCUCUGAGAAAAGAACCUGAAAUCAUCACCGUGACUCUGAAAAAGCAAAACGGGAUGGGUCUCAGCAUAGUCGCAGCGAAGGGCGCUGGUCAGGACAAACUCGGAAUCUACGUCAAGUCUGUUGUAAAAGGAGGCGCUGCGGACGUGGAUGGACGCCUGGCUGCGGGCGACCAGCUCCUCAGUGUGGACGGACGGAGUCUGGUAGGACUCUCUCAAGAAAGGGCGGCAGAACUCAUGACAAGAACAAGUUCUGUGGUGACGCUGGAAGUAGCAAAGCAGGGAGCAAUUUAUCACGGCCUGGCCACCUUGCUCAAUCAGCCGUCCCCCAUGAUGCAGAGAAUUUCAGACCGUCGUGGCUCAGGUAAACCCCGACCAAAGAGUGAAGGUUUCGAGCUCUAUAAUAAUUCAGCCCCAAACGGAUCACCUGAGAGCCCUCAGCUGCCGUGGGCAGAAUACAGUGAACCUAAGAAACUGCCGGGUGACGACAGACUGAUGAAGAACCGGGCCGAUCACCGCUCCAGCCCCAACGUGGCAAAUCAGCCUCCGAGCCCUGGAGGGAAGAGCGCGUACACCCCUGGAACAACCGCCAAGAUCACGUCUGUCUCCACCGGGAACCUCUGCACGGAGGAGCAGACCCCCCCACCGAGACCGGAGGCCUACCCCAUCCCCACACAGACGUACAGCCGGGAGUACUUCACCUUCCCCGCCUCCAGAUCCCAGGACCGGGUGGCGGCUCCUCAGAACCAGUGGCCAAGUUACGAGGAGAAGCCGCACAUGCACACAGACAAUAAUCAUUCCAGUGUCGCAGUUCAGCGUGUUACCCGUUCCCAAGAGGAACUUCGGGAGGACAGAGCUUACCAGCUAGAGCGGCGUCGAAUCGAGGCAGCCUUGGACCGCAAGUCCGAUAGCGACAUGUGGAUCCAUCAGAGCCCCUCCGUGGGCUCCAGCGCCUCCAGCCAGGAGCACCUGGACCACUCCUCCAAGUCAGGCACCCCCGCGUCCACUCUGACCAAAAGUGGCCCUGGGCGCUGGAAGACGCCAGCCGCCGUGCAGCCUGUGCCGGUGGCUGUGUCCCAGCCGCUCCAAACAGACCUGCCCCCGCCGCCCCCGCCGCCUCCCACGCACUAUGCCGGGGACUUGGACGGAAUCCCUGUGGACUUGCCUCUCCCUCCGCCUCCCGCUGGCCAGACGGGACCCGCAGCGGCUCAGGUGGCGGCUGCAGAGCGCAGGAAGCGGGAGGAGCACCAGCGCUGGUAUGAGAAGGAGAAGGCCCGGCUGGAAGAGGAGCGGGACAGGAAGCGCAGGGAGCAGGAGCGGAAGCUGGGCCAGAUGCGCUCCCAGUCCCUGAACCCAGCCCCGUUUUCUCCGGGGACCGUCCCCCACGUGAAGCCAGAAAAGCCCUCCACGCUCCAGAGGCCCCAGGAGACGGUCAUUCGGGAGCUACAGCCCCAGCUGCAGCCCCGCACGAUCGAGCGCAGAGACCUGCAGUACGUAACGGUCAGCAAGGAGGAGCUGUCGUCGGGAGACAGCCUAUCCCCGGACCCGUGGAAGCGGGACGCCAGGGAGAAGCUGGAGAAGCAGCAGCAGAUGCACAUCGUGGACAUGCUGAGCCGCGAGAUCCAGGAGCUGCAGAGCAGGCCCGAGCGCAGCGCGGAGGAGAGCGACCGCCUGCGGAAGCUCAUGCUGGAGUGGCAGUUCCAGAAGAGGCUGCAGGAGUCCAAACAGAAGGACGAGGAGGAUGAGGACGAGGAGGACGACGACGUGGACACCAUGCUGAUCAUGCAGCGCCUCGAGGCUGAGCGGAGAGCGAGGCAGCAGACUGCUCUGCCAGCAAUCUCUGUUCUAGAUUUGUUGCAGGACGAGGAGCGGCGGCGCCAGCAGCAGCUGGAAGAGAUGCGCAAGAGGGAAGCCGAGGACCGCGCCAGGCAGGAGGAUGAGCGGCGCCGCCAGGAGGAGGAGAGAACAAAGCGUGAUGCUGAAGAAAAGAGGCGACAGGAAGAAGGCUACUACGGCCGCCUGGAAGCUGAGAGGCGCAGACAGCACGCCGCGGCCGAGCGCAGGGUGCUGGAGCCCGAGGAGCCGGGUCUGGGCAGACCUCCGCUUCCGCGGGGCUAUGAGCUCCCGUCGCCGACCCCUCCGGCUGCCGCCCCUCCUCCCCCGCCUCAGCGGACCGCCUCCUCCCUCCAGGCCCCGGCCCUCUCCCCAGACUCCCUGUACACCGCCAGGCUCGUUUCGUACCACGAGGAGGAGGAGGAGGAGGAGGAGCCCUGCAGUCUGGCAGGUCAGGAUAAGCACGCUGGCACCAGGAAGUCCCACGGGCACCUUCUGCUUCCCGCCACCCCUGAGCCACAGCAGCCCCCUUGCCCGCCGCGCCCGGCCUCCGAUGGCAUCUUUCUCUCCAACUCAUUCCAGCCACCCUCGGCCCGUGCCAACAGUACUGCUCGCAGAGCAGACCAGCCCUUGCCCCUUCCAAAAAAACCAGGCUUCUACCAGCCCAGCCACUCGAAAGGACCCAACUCUUACAUGGGAUCGGCUGGGACAGCUGUUGGGGCCCAUGAUGCUUACCGGGAUCCGAGAGAGAGACCGUCUAAAAGCCACGAUGCGGACUUGCCCGGAAGCUCGGGAGCCCCUGAAAACUUGACAUUCAAAGAGCGCCAGCGUCUUUUUUCACAAGGUCAAGAUGUGUCCAACAAAGUCAAAGCCUCUCGUAAAUUGACAGAACUGGAAAACGAACUGAACACAAAAUGAGCCGAGGAUGAGGUGCCCGGGCCACCCCAGGGUCCUGGGGGCGCGGCUCCGGAGGACGGGCUCGGCGAGGAGGCCACACCGGCAUGCCUGAGUCACCGAAGCGCCAUUUUGGAGUCGGCUGGGCCCCAGAGACAGUCCUGUUCCAAGAAAUUCUUUUCUUUCACCAAGAGAUGAUCAUUUAUACGAUGUAAACACUGUCUCAUUUCUUAAUUACCUGACUCACAGGAAGAUAAGUUUUUUGUUUCUUUUUUUAAAGUCUGAGUGGGAGACGGGAGAAUGCAGGGCAGGAGAGCACAGUGGGGACAUGUCUUCCCCCCAGCCCUGCGUGUCGCAGAGAGGCCGUGUGCGUGCUGUGUCGUUCACGAUGCUGCGGCCGUGGGGUGGGGACCAGCUUGAACUGCCCAGACCUUGUUUGCACUAUGGGGGAGCAGCUGCAGACCACGUGCCCAGAGGGUGACCUGUCCCCUUCCAGGAGAGAGAGCCUCUGGGGGACGGCCCCCUCACCCGCCCCCCGUGGGUGGUCCCCAGGCAGCUCAGACCCACAUGGCCCAAAAGGGAGGUGGUGCCUGUCAGGCCCCUGCCCCUGUCCUCCUUCCCUCUGGGGACAGCCCUCCUGGGAUUUCUACAUACAUGAUUUUUUAAAAAAUGCUCCAAGAAGACAAUUUUGAGGAUUUAAGCUUAGGAUAUUUUAUAUUUAUAAAUGCCAGAGUAUUGUUAGGCUAAUAAAUCAUUGGUGAUUUUGAAGAUGGCAGUUAAGUUAGUUCACAGAGGAUUUCGACUCUUCAGGGGACCCUGAAACGAGGACGUUUAUCUGGGCCGUGUUGAUGUGGAGAGAAACGGAAGCAUCUGAGAGGGAUGGGUGGUUAGGGACGCCUGAGCACGGGGCUGCAGAGGAGGGCCGAGUUGCGGCUGCGGGCUGUCCCGGAUGGAAGGCUCGUUGACAUGUGGUGUCUGUGACUGAAAAUGUCGGACAGACUCGUGCGGCAGUUCAAGCUUUUUUUUUUUUUUUUUAAACAUCAAAUAGAAAGUUAUUUAAUUUUCAUGUGAGUCACUGGUGAUCACUGUUGUCUCCCCAGCUGUGACCGUGUGGCUGAUGCUGGGGAGACGGAGCUCACUGGGUUUCAUCCCGUGUGCUCGGACAGUGCUGAAUUACCUUGUGGUAAUGAGCAAACCUCUUAUGUGCCGAGCCCUGCUGUAGGAUCUCCAUGAUUCUUCUCUACCAGAUUGUUCUCUUACAGAUACGUAUGUUAGGGAAAUGCACACUUUCAAGUAGAAGAGGGAGGCUUUCUAGCCGUAGAAAUCACUUUAAUGAGAGCUGCACGAUUAAUCACUGAAAUGUGAGUGUAAAUAUUCUUAUAUCGAUCAGGGUUCUUAUCUGGAAGUGUGCUCUCACCGUUCCCCUUGUCUAAGGGGGUCCCGCGGUGGCACUAAGUGUUGAUGAAGGAUGUGGGUGUCUGCUCUGGAGGCUUCAGGAAAAGCAGGCCCUACCCGGGGCACUCGCGAACGCUGGCCACCUUACAGGGACGAAAUCCACGCUUUCUUUGAUGAAAAGACGCGGAUGAGUGACUUUUCUGUUAAUACACACACCUAAGUACCUGUAAAUCCUGGCAUACGGGGGUGUGUGUGCGUGUGUCGUCAGACCUGUGAGCAGGUGGGCCAGGCUGCCCUCGAGUGAUGGGUCAGAUGUGAACACGUGCUUUUCAGGACUGUGCGUCACUGUGGCCGUCACAGCUGCUGUACCUCCCCAUUUCUACUGUGCUUCAUCUGCAAUCUAUUUUUAAUAAACUUUGUAUGUAUUUAA